AGUGUGAAAGUAAAAGGAAAGAAAGAAAACAUGCAUGCAUGCAUGGUCCAACAGCUGCACAGCAGGUUAACAAACAAUGCAUUCGAUCCCAAUGCAAUCAAUUAUUUCAACUGCUCUGCAACCAAAUUCGACAAGAACGGCACUGCAACAAACCUGGCCGGCAUUCAGUUGCAAUCCGGCUGAGGACUCGCAAGCAGUUGCAUGCAACCCUGAGAGACAAAGAGGUUGCUUCCACGCUUGCUUGAGCCGGCCACCUGGACUGGUCUGGCGUGAUGGAAUCAAAUCGACACGUACGGCAAGUGCAAACGAGGAAGCAAGGAAACAGUUAGUUUUCUUUCCUUCUUGUCGGAACUGAAUGCCAAACUAGCUGCUAGUUGCAGGGCGCCUCGGCCGACAUGGUAGAGGACACCUGCGAAAGAUGCAGCCGGAGCGACCCCAAGGUGAACUACACCCUCUGCAUCUCAUCUCUUUCCCAGGACCCUCAGAGCAGGCAGGCAGACCUCCACGGGCUCGCCAUGGUUUCGGCCAAGCUCGUGAGGUCAGGUGCGGUGAGCAUGGAAGCCAGGUUCGCCGAGCUCAGCAAGGAGGAGGCGCCACUGACCCCCAGAAAGUCCUGUCUCGAGGCGUGCGUGUGGCUGUACCUCAACUCGCUGUACGACCUCGACACCUCCAUCGCAGCCAUCGACGAGAGAAGGUACCCGGACGCCAAGACAUCCAUGAGCGCCACCAUCGACGCGCCGACCACCUGUGAGGAUGCAUUCAAGGAGCAGGGCUUCGAGCCACCCUUGAGAGCGGAGAACAACAACCUGUUUCAACAGGCGGUCAUCUCCCUCGCCAUCGUAUCCCUACUAUGAUCACUACUUACUCCCUCGCCAUCGUCUAUGUAUG